AGCUCCGCACUAACGCUCAGUGCAGCCGAGCAGCCAGUUGAGGAAUGUAGCAAACCGGCAAACCGAUUCCUCCGGUUCGCCAUGAAAACACGGUGAAUAAGCCAGCAGCCCCGGGAGUCAUGUCACAUUAUAAUGUACUUAAUGGAUACAAACUGGUCGCUACGCUUCUUCUUCUUUGGUUUGGUGCAGCUGUGCUUGGAAAUACACGAGGUCACCAAACUCUGGGUCAAGAUCAAGGCGUGAUAAAUUAUCCUGAAGUAGCAGCAGCAACAACUCUAAUAGGAAGCAAAGGCAAUGUCAGCCAAAAAGCCAGCAAAGUCGUAAGAAGAGCCUUCUCUGCUGCAGACAAACACACAGAUCCGUCUCAUGCAGCACAGCACCAGGAGCAAACUGCCCACAGCUCUGUUGGGCUGGACGAGCUGGUUAUAGUGAUUCAGAGUCAGAGGAACUCCUAUCAUGCCCGUCGUGGAGGUCAGAGGAAGGUGGAGAUUCUGCAGCAGGCAGCUACCCUUGGGCAGGGAGUUCCUGUUAUCAUUCUCCUCCAUGAGUUGUCAGAGUACGAAGGGGUCUGGAGUAUCCUCCCUGCGCUUCCACUUCUGUCUGCCUCUUAUGGCCGACAAGCAUCUUGGUUUUUCUUCAUAGAGGAGGAAACCACAGUCACACUGGCUGCUGUGCUGCAGGUCCUCAGCAGAUAUCAAGUCCAAGAGGAAUGGUUUUUGGGUCGGCGUCUCCAUGACAACGAGGCCUCCAUCAUCCACCACUAUGCCUUCUCUGAGGAUCCCAUUUCGUUUGGUUAUCCUGACCCGGCAGCAGGCUGGGCUCUCAGCGCUCCACUGCUGCAGAGACUUGCAGAGCGGCUCCAGCACGAGAAUCUCAAGUCGGAUUUUACCAUCGACUUGAAACAUGAGAUUGCAUUGUAUAUUUGGGAGGAAGGAAACGGUCCAAAGCUGACGGCAGUUCCAGAGUUUUGCACAGAACAGAGAGACGACUGUGCUACAACGUUUACGACCUACCUCCCCAACUGUGGGGACCCAGUGUUGAAGAAAGAUGUUUUCGUUGCCGUGAAAACUUGCCGAAAAUUCCACUCGGAGCGAGUGCCAGUGGUGAAGGCAACCUGGGAGAAAGACGCUGGGCUUUUAGAGUAUUACAGCGACGUCCCUGAUGCCUCCAUACCGACUAUCAGCCUGGGAGUUCCCAACACUGAGAGAGGACAUUGUGGGAAGACAUUUGCCAUCUUGAGGCGUUUCCUGAGUCAAACUCUGCCGAAAGCUGAUUGGCUGCUCAUUGUUGACGAUGAUACUCUUAUCAGUUUACCUCGACUGCGACGACUCCUGCGCUGCUAUGAUCCGACAGAAGCAGUGAUCCUCGGGGAGAGAUACGGCUAUGGCUUGGUUCAGAAAGGAUAUAGCUACUCCACAGGAGGAGCAGGGAUGGUGCUCAGUAGGACGGCUGUGUCCAGGCUGCUUUCCUCUGGUUGUAGCUGCUACAGUGACGAUGCUCCUGAUGACAUGGUGCUCGGCAGAUGCUUCACUGCCCUCAGGGUUCCCAUCACACACAGUCCACUGUUUCACCAGGCCCGACCAAAUGACUACCCCGAGACUCUGAUCUCGAUGCACCAGGCCAUCUCCUUCCACAAGCACUGGAACAUAAACCCCGUGGCCGUCUACAGAGACUGGCUGCAAGACGCACAGCCACGAGAUGAACUGUGAAAACACUGUGUCUGUUCUCCUCCUGACCUACCCUCUAGAGAAGUUCCUGGUCAUUGUUUUCCCCUUUAGCAAUCUGCGGCCAAGCAAACUUCAGACAGGGGCCUAAACCUGGUGGCAUUCCUGGUGAUCGUCUUCUCCCACUCCAGCAUGUUUUACUCUAUCUACAAAACUGGCAUCAAUGCCACAGACCUGAGGAGCAGACUGCCCAGAGAUGUAGCUGUGGCCAGCAGGUUC